AUGGGCUGGAAUACUCAUGCGUCGGGCACCAAUGAUCCGCCUGAGGUGCGGAACUGGCGAAUCCACCUGAUUGCCACGGUGGCUUCCAUGUCCGCCCUCGCCAUUGGAUAUGACACUUCUGUUAUUGGAGGUACCAUGGCAUUGACCUCUUUCAUGAGGGACUUUGGCCUUGACCUCGUCGAAAAGACACAGCGCGACACCAUCCAGGGAAACAUUGUAUCCACCUUUCAGGCUGGCUGUUUCUUCGGUGCCCUGUGCACAUUCCCCAUUGCUGAGAAAUGGGGUCGCAGGAAGACCAUCAUGGCAGCAGCCUGUAUCUUCCUCCUCGGCGGCGCUCUCAUGACCGCCGCCAACGGUAAUCUCAACAUGAUCUACGCCGGCCGUGCCGUAGCAGGCCUCGGCCUCGGCGCUUCCUCCCUCACUGUCCCCGUCUACAUCAGCGAAACAGCCCCUCCGUCCAUCCGUGGUCGUCCGAUUGGUAUUUUCGAAAUCGCCUCCCAGGGCGGUGGUAUGCUGGGCUUUUGGAUCAACUACGCUACCGACCGCACCAUCGAUGUCAAUACCAAGACGCAGUGGAUUGUCCCGCUGGGUCUUCAGCUAUUGCCCGGUGCUGGUCUUGCGUUGGGUAUGCUGUGGUGUCCCGAAUCGCCGCGUUGGUUGGCGAGAGGCGACCGCUUUGAGGAAGCUGAGAAGAUCCUCGCGCAGAUCCGUGGAAUGACACCUGAGCAUGAGUAUAUCCGUCGAGAGAUGGGUGAUAUUCGCGCGCAGGUUGAAGAGCGCAGUACCAACAAGAUGAGCAAGAAACAGAUGUUUAUGAAGCUUUUCCAGAAGGGUGUGCGCAACCGUAUGGGAAUUGGUAUGGCACUCAUGUUUUUGCAGAGUUUCACUGGUGUCAACAUUAUCACCUACUACGCUCCUCGCAUUUUUGAGAGUCUUGGUAUUCCUGGUACUUCUCUCAAGCUCUUCUCCACUGGUUUCUACGGUAUCUCCAAGACACUUGGUAUGGUCAUGUUUACCUUUUGGGUUGUUGAAAAGGUCGGUCGUCGCAAGGGUCUCAUCUGGGGCGCUGCGCUUGGAUGUAUUCCCAUGUUGUACAUUGGUGGUUAUGUCAUGAAGGCUGAUCCUGCUGCUGCUGCCGCGGCUGGUGUCGUCAACCGUGACGGAUGGGGAUACUUGGCGAUUGUCUGUGUGUACAUCAACGCCAUCAUCAUUUGCGCGACAUGGCAGGGUAUCACCUGGACGUAUGCUUCCGAGAUCUUUCCUCUCGACAUCCGUAUGCUGUGUGUCGCCAUUACAACGGCUGAUACAUGGUUGGGUUCAUUCAUCAUUGCGCGAUCGACGCCUUAUAUGAUUUCUGACCUUGGUUACGGAGCUUACUUCUUCUUUGGCUCGAUUCUUGUCUUGAUGGGUAUCUGGUCACUGUUUUUCGUGCCCGAGACAAAGGGUAUCACUCUCGAAGACAUGGACGCGCUAUUCGCCAAGCCCGUGUACAAGACAGUCUGGGCGCAAAUGCGAGGCAAACCGGUCCUGGAAGGAAACGCGGCCAAUCGAUCCGACUCGCCGUUCGACGAGGACGACGAAAAGGCCCGCGAGCUGAGGAUACCUUAG